AGCUAAAGAAGUCAGCAGGGAGGCCGUGUGUCGGCACCCACAGCAGAGCCAAGAGGCUGCACAGAAGACACACUCACACAGGCACACAGGGAAAAUAAAAUGAGGUCCACUCGACCCCUCAGUGCGUCAUCCAUACGUCUGUGCAAACAGGAUGUGGGAGGAUAGAAGGCGUCCCGUGGGUGAAGCUUUCUAGUGCGCCACUCUCCCUGCUGUCCUGUCCUCACCCUCUCUGCAGGCGCAGAAAUAGACGGCUCCCUGGCCCCGUACAAGGCAGGAGGUCUGCCUCUUAUGUAACCACACUUUAAAGCCGACGCUGAGCAGCAGAGUUUGCCAGUGCUCUAAUCAGAACUGUGGGGCUCCGGUGGCCUCCUCUUGGGACUGCAGGGGGAUCCCUUAGCGAGAAAACAGCAGUGAAGGGGAGUGUAAGGGUGGGGCGAUGGGAGAGUGAUGGUACGAUGAAUGGCUUUGUCUUUGUGAAUGGAAGAAGGUAAGCCAGUUUCAUUCAAAAAAAAAAAAGAAGGAAAAAUCUAGCUAUUUGCUGUCUGCUGCAGUAACAUAAGACCGGAUGCAGCUCAGACUGCAGGUUGUUGUCAGGUUUUUUUUCUCUGUCAUAGCAUUUGCUGAAUUUUGAAAUUCAAUCUCAGUGUUUAGGGGAGAAUGUGGAGUUGCAAAUUCUAUGUGUCUUGUGUCCAGCAGUACCAGGACACAAAUAUGCAGGGUGUGGUGUACGAACUCAACAGCUACAUGGAGCAGCGCCUGGACACUGGAGGAGACAACAAACUCCUGCUGUAUGAGUUGUGCAACAUCAUCAAAACAGCAACAAAAGCUGAUGGAUUUGCACUUUACUUCUUGGGAGAAUGCAACAAUAGUUUAUGUUUAUUCACUCCAACGGGGGCCAAGGACGGCCCUCCAAGCCUCAUCCCCUCUGGCCCCAUCGCAUUUGGGACAACCAUUGCCGCCCAUGUUGCCAAGACUCGCAAAACACUUCUGGUAGAGGACAUCAUGGGGGACGAGCGAUUCCCCGACGGCACAGGGCAGGACUCAGGGAUCCAUGUUCACUCUGUCCUGUGCCUCCCCAUCCUCACUGCCAUCGGGGACCUCAUUGCCAUCUUGGAGCUGCAUCGGCACUGGGGCAAGGAGCCCUUCAACCUCAGCCACCAGGAGGUUGCAACAGCUAAUUUAGCGUGGGCAUCAGUUGCCAUUCAUCAAGUACAGGUGUGCAGAGGCCUCGCCAAACAGACUGAGCUCAAUGACUUCCUACUCGAUGUGUCAAAAACAUACUUUGAUAACAUUGUGGCAAUAGAUUCUCUACUUGAACAUAUUAUGAUAUAUGCAAAAAACCUGGUGAAUGCAGACAGGUGCGCACUCUUCCAGGUAGAUCAUAACAACAAAGAACUGUACUCUGACCUGUUUGACAUUGGGGAAGAGAAAGAAGGCAAACCUGUCUUUAGGAAAACCAAAGAAAUUAGGUUUUCUAUAGACAAGGGAAUAGCUGGCCAAGUGGCUCGGACAGGGGAAGUCUUAAAUAUCCCAGAUGCCUAUGCAGAUCCACGGUUUAACCGAGAGGUGGACCUUAAAACUGGCUACACCACGCGGAACAUCCUGUGCAUGCCCAUUGUGAGCAGGGGGACCGUUAUAGGUGUGGUGCAGAUGGUGAACAAGUUAAGCGGAAGUGCCUUCACUAAAACUGAUGAGAACAACUUUAAGAUGUUUGCUGUCUUCUGUGCCCUGGCCUUACACUGUGCAAAUAUGUACCACAGGAUCCGGCACUCUGAAUGCAUUUACAGAGUGACGAUGGAAAAACUCUCUUAUCACAGCAUCUGCACAUCAGAAGAGUGGAAGACCCUUACCCAGCUCAACCUCCCUGCACCCAUUUAUAAAGAGAUAGAAACGUUCCACUUUGACAUCAACCCCUUCGAGGAGAUCUGGCCUGCUGUUUUUAUCUACAUGGUUCAUAACUCCUGUGGAAAGACCAGCUUUGAGCUGGAGAAGCUGUGCCGGUUCACCAUGUCUGUACGGAAGAACUACCGCCGUGUGCCCUACCACAACUGGAAGCAUGCAGUGACGGUGGCACACUGUAUGUACGCCAUCCUACAGAAAACCUCUGAGAUGUUCACAGAGCUAGAGAAGAAGGGUUUGUUGAUAGCCUGUCUGUGCCAUGAUCUGGACCAUCGAGGGUACAGCAACGCGUACCUGCAGAAGUUCGACCAUCCACUGGCUGCUCUGUACUCCACCUCCACCAUGGAGCAGCACCACUUCUCUCAGACCGUCUCCAUCCUGCAGCUGGAAGGGCACAAUAUUUUCUCCAACCUGAAUUCCAGCGAGUACGAGCAGGUGCUGGAGAUCAUCCGAAAGGCCAUCAUCGCCACGGACCUCGCCCUGUACUUCAACAACCACCAGCAGCUGUCGGAGCUGCUCAGCUCCGGUGUGCUGGACUUCAACAACCACUCGCACAGGGACCGUGUGAUUGGUCUGAUGAUGACAGCAUGUGACCUGUGUUCUGUUACCAAGCAAUGGCCAAUCACACGACUCACAGCCAACGACAUCUAUGCUGAGUUCUGGGCUGAGGGAGAUGAAAUGAAGAAGAUUGGGAUGCAGCCGAUCCCUAUGAUGGACAGAGACAAGAAGGAUGAGGUUCCCCAAGGCCAAGUGGGAUUCUACAAUGCUGUUGCAAUUCCGUGUUACACGACACUAUCAGAGCUUUUCCCUCCAUCCAGUCCUCUUUUGAAAGCCUGCAAGGAGAACCUGGGCCAGUGGGAGAAAAUAGCGCGGGGAGAGGUGGAGGACGUUGUGCCCAGCCGGCCUUGUGAUUCAGGCCCUGUCAAGGUGGACAACUGACUACCAAAGGAGUUGCUGACCCGCCAAAGGAAUGCAACCUGAAUCCUGCCAUGGACCUGGAAAUUCGACAGGGGAAGGAACCCACAGCCUGUGUCAGCAGGAGACGGAUUAGCUAAAAGACGACUUGACUUUGUAAACACACAGUUACCUCAUUGGGUGACGGAGGUGUCAACACUGAUGGUUUCACCGAUCCCAGAGACUGACAGGCAGUCGUGGGGAUGGACUUCAACCCAUCACCCUGCGUCCAGUCAGCUUGGGAAUUAAUUUGGUAGAAUGAACUUGUGCCGUUUUGGUUGUUUUAUUUUGGCUUUUUUAAAAUGUUUUACGAUUUUUCUUUAUUUGAGCUGAUUCCAUUAUGGUCUUGUAUUUGCAGAGGCCUUACUCUGAACCUUUCACAAGCUAAGAUAUGUGAAACCUUCUUUUCAGUUCAGGCUUUUUUCUUUGUUUUUAUUUUGAAAUGGUACUGUUUGCCUUCUGUGGUAGGUUUAUUGUACGCGCACUACUUCAGCAAGGUAUUCCCAGAGACAGAAGGAAUGUGUAGAGCAGAUGUAUGGUGUAGUGCCACCUUAUUGAGAAGGUGGACUUUAGAAUGUUUUUUAUUUACUUUUUGAGCAAAAAUCCUUUGCAGUACUUGAAUACAGACAUACAGCCUAUUCUAUGUGGAGAUUGCAGAAAUCCCCCGCAGCAUAUUCUACAAACGUGGAUGAACUGUGAGUUAGAUAAAGUCGACACUUGUGAAUACAGUCACAAUGUUUCUGCCUGAAGUUGAGCCCACAGCCCAUCACCCCCCAGCAUGUAGGAACCUGCUGCAUAGUGCAUCCACAUCUUUCUGAUGAACAGAUCCGAUUCUAGGUAGUGAUCCUAAUGCAGGGGUCAGGAAAAACAAGAACAAGACACAUCAGUCAUUCUUUGUAAGCCAAGACUGCAUACUGCUUAAUUUCCACACCACUCUCACAUUAUGAGUUAUUUUGCACACCAAAUUACAUUAAGUAUCGCGAUAGAUGAUAGCCUAUAUGGGUGUGACAACUUUUUUUGAAAAAGGCGGGUGUUCUUGCAGGAUUAAAGCGGUAGUGUGAAAAAUUUAUGACACUGAAGUCAACAACAAACAACACUUUGCUUCUUAUUUUUCCAAAAAUGUCCAACGUGUUAAGCUAAAGUAAAAAAUAUGUCUAUCUCUGGGAUUGCAGAUUGCAGAUUGCAACUCAAGAAUGUUUGACUUUUGGCCGGUGUGUGACUGAAGUUUCCCCUCACAUCCAUGACCCGUCAAAGGAAUGAAACACCGUCCUUUACGCUCAUUCUCCAACGUCAUGCUAGGGGGUACAUUUGGACUCUUUCAAAUGAGUUUCCAAGGUCUUCCAAAAGGCAAAUUAUUUUGUCUGAAACUGUCAUUCCAGUGGACAAUGUCCCUCCAAGACUGACAUUGCCGCUCAGAUAAUUUGUUGUGCGACUGGUACUGUGCCCCCCCCCCCCCCCCCCCCCCCCCCCCCCCCCAGUGUUGUGAAUGUACAUUUUGAUGAAUGUUUUUGUUGGUUGCAGAUUCUCGGUGGUGGCAUGUGGGUUAGUGUGCCAUCAGUUUCCACGAUGUGCUCUGUCUUACUUUUCAGAAUUGCUUCCAGUAAGCUUCAACCAAGAGCAACAAUUAGCAUGCACCUACACUGAAGUUCCUAUAUAAUUUUGCAUAUAUGGUAAUAGGUGUAUACUGUGUACAAUCUAGGAAUUAGUUUGUACAGACUGAGAUGUAUGCUCUGAUGGUGCUAAACUGAAUGGCAGUCGUGCACUUUCUGACUGGGUGUGUACACUAUGUGUGCGUGUGUGUGUGUGUGUGUGUGUGUGUGUGUGUGUGUGUGUGUGUGUGUGUGUGUGUGUGUGUGUGUGUGUGUGUGUGUGUGUGUGUGUGUGUGUGUGUGAAAGCUUUUGACUGUCUCUUUCCCCACUCCAACUCCACCUGACAACAUGGUAAAGUCACUGCACUGUCCCUCUACUUUUCAGCACCAAUUAUAUCCCAUUGUCUGCACUAUGUUUAGCUUAUGAUCUUUAUCAUUAUUAUUAUUAUUAUUAUUAUUAUUGCUAUUAUUACUAUUGUUAUUUUCUUAAUUAGAGUUAAAUUUAAAUUAACUUAUAUUUUUUAUACAAAGAAAAAUAAUGUUGGCCUUUUUGUUUUGUACAAAGUAAACAUUAAGAUAAAUUAAACGGUCUAGACAUGUUACUGUUACCCAGAAUAACUGAGGAAUGUCUCAACUGUAAAUGUAAGAGCAGUAGCCCAAAUGACUUUUAUUAAAUACCUGAAAAAUAAA